AAGUCAUCUGACCGUAGAGAUCUAUAAUUUCUAGAUUGACUAGAUCUAGUCAGUUACGAGAUUCUGUUUUAAGAAUUACGUUAUAGCUCUAGCUUUAAAUAUUAUAAUAUUGACUAUUUAUACUAUGAUUUACUAUCUAGAAAGUAGAAUCUAUUUAGAUCUAAUUCUACUAAGUAUUGCAAGAUUUUAAAAUCUAUUCACUAUUGUCACUAUUGACACUAAUGCAAAAUUUAAAAAAAAUAAUAAUAAUAAAUAAAAGCCAAAAUGAGUAUCACUGUAAUCACACUGAGAAAUGAUGAUGUAGAAUCUCCUCCUCAGUAUUCUGAAAGAGAUAAUGUUCGACUUUCUGGUGAUGGUCUUCCAAACUAUACUCAGGCAAUUUCUAAUGAUCCUCCUCCUCCUUCAUAUGAUUCAUUAUAUGGAAGAGUAAAGGCUGCCAAGGGUGAAUCUACUGGAUUACUUCAUUUCUUGAAAUUAUUUUUGAUCAUCAUUUUAUCAUCAGUUUUAGUUACAAUUCUCAUCGGAAUCUUUAUGUCUGUGCCUAUUUCUAUGAUUGUUAUGGGUGCUUAUUUUAAAGAUGACUGUCCUGCAGAAAAAAUGAUCCCGAUAUAUUUAAUUGUUGCUGGGUGUUUUGGUUGUGCCAAAAAUAUAGUGAGCCUAAUUCAAAGAGCCCGCAAAACUGAAGCGGAGAGGGAAGAAGACCAAAAGAAUGUCAAUCCAAUUGAGACUUUUGUUAGCUGCUUUUUAUUUGCUUGGUUUAUUACUGGCUGUGUGUAUAUUUACCGUAUCAAAGAUGAAGUCCAGUUUGAACAUCCAAACAACGAAUACUAUUGUGAUGAGAGACUAUACUUAUUUGCAUUUUGGAUCACAACGGCUGUGUACAUCAUAAUAGGGGCUUCUUGCUUCUGUGUGUGUUGUGUUGGUUGUUGGGCUUCUCUUUGUGGAGACUAAUUAGAAUCUUAGGCUCAGCUUCAAAUAGUAUUUUCACUUAUUAAAACAAACUACCAAAUUUAGUUGUUUGUUUAUUUUAGGAUCCCUGCUUUUCACUGGAGAUAUUUAUAGUCAUUACAGUUUUAUCUUUUUAUUAAAAUAUGCCAUACUGGUACUUUUCAAAAUAUAUAUGUAUAUAUAUUAACAUUUUUAAGACAUUUAAAAUAGUAAAUGUAUUAAAAAAAAAAACUAUAACAAAAGCUAAGCUUAAUUGAAACAAUGUAUGGUAAUGACAGGAUGAAAAUUUUUAUUUUCUCCCUAAUUCUUUAUAAAAAUUAAAAUAAUGAUUAACUUUUUAGUUGUAAAAGGCCAUCCAAUGAUAAUCUUAUUUCUUUUUUUUUUUUCAUUCCUUUAUGUUAAAUGAAAAUGCAAGUUUAUGUCUGUAUCAUUAUUUUUUAACCUGAAAAAAAAAUAAUUUAGGCAGAAUAAUCUGGGGUUUAUGGAAAUUCAUAAUACCAGUAUUUCAUAUUUGAGGUAGAAUUAUUUUUAAAGAUAAAAAUAAUAAUAAUAGAAAUAUACCUGUGUUAUGAUUGAAGACAUUUGUCUUUGCGCCUGUGUAUUACACAUGAUAAUAUAUUAUUAGAAAAGCAAACAAAAUAUAUGUUCCUGCCACAAUUGUACUCAAACAUUACAUGUGACAUUUAGCAUCAGAAAGUUGAAUUGACUAUUUCUGUCACAGUAAAGGGAAGGGGUGAUGAUGGGCACCAUGUUGGCCUUCCCUGUUUAACGUUUUAAUAGCUUUGUGUGGAUUGCUUUAAAGGAUGUUUAAGGGGAGAGGGAGAGAAUCUUUGGUUAACCUUGUAUAUAUACUUUUUUUUUCCUAUUAUGCUCCACUAUUUAAAAGUGAAUCAUAGACUUCCUUGGUUAUGAACUGACCUAUACUGUUGCAUUUUGUUGUUUGUUUUUUAAGUGCCAUGUACUUUUUAACCAUUAAUCUUAGAAACAUGAUCUUUACAUCAUCUGACUUGUAGAUUGCAAGGUCUGAAAUGGGUACUUUACUUUACUAUUGUUAAGCUAGGUAAUUAUGUGGGAGGUUGUUUUUUUUUGUUGUUUUUCUUUUUAGCCAUGUUCGUUUUGAAAUAUUAGGAUAGUGAUUUGGUUGCUAGGAUAUUUUUUUUAUUAAUGCUACCUUUAUGGAGUAAGUAAAUAAAUGACUAUACCUUUCUAUGCUAAACAAAUGCUAUAUUGAUGGCUACCUGAUCGUGUGUUAUGCACUCUAAACUGUCAUCUCGAUGGUCCUGUGUUCGACUCUGACUGCCCCCAUCCUGCGGGAGGUUCGGGCUAGAUUGUAUUAAUCUUCAUUUUUGAUGGAAGAUCCGAAAGAUGUAAAACAAAAUGCUGUCUUUAUUAACUAUUUAUAAAUUAUUGUGGUAUUAUGUUAUGAUAUUGCAAAAGUAAAUUAUUUCUUUAUUAUUUAAUUCAUUAUUAAAACUCAGUUACUUUAGUACAGUGUUUCCCAAUCUGUGUUCCACAGAACCCUAGUGUUUGGCGAGCCCUGAAUAGGUUUUCCACGGACUACUUGAAUGAUUAACUAAUAAUAAUAAUCUCUUUAAAAAAAUAAGCAAAAUGUUCCGCUAAAUACUCAGCAUAUGCAAAGUGUUCCGUCAAGAAAAAAGCUUGGGAAACACUGCUUAAGUCAUUCCUAUGACUAAAACUCCAUGUAAAAAAGUAUCCUUUUGUUUUUAUUGAGUGAUUUGCAAAUGCUUCAGAACUUAGAUCCUAUUAUCCUAUAAAUUACAGAUAUUACUUCAAAAGAGAAAAUAAUUUCUCCAUUCGCAUAUUCCUGUGGCAAUCUAGUCAUGCAUGUCAAUAAGUGACUUUCAAUCUGCGAAGUCAUUGGUUUCCCUCGCUGAUUUCAUUAUUUUUGUAGGCCUAAUGAAGAAAAAAAAAAAAAGAAACACUAUAUAAGGGAUUUUGUCACCCUUAAAAAUAAAAUGAAUUUAGCUGACAUCUGACGAAAACAUAUGUGUUAUGCAAUGCUCAUUAUUUGGUGCUUUUUGACUGAUUUACACUUCUAUAAAUAUUUGACUUCUAACGACUUUUAGUUUGGUAUUUAAAAAUUUGAUUUUUUUGUUUGUUUGUUUUUUGGAACUUGUAACAUACUUUGAACUGUAUUGUGCAUUUGUUAAACUUUUUUUUUUUUUGCAUGCUUUAAACUAAAAAUUUAUUUUUAUGUCUAAGUUUGUUUAUCUAAUAGAAUUUAUGAAUAACUAUUCAACAACAAUUGCUUUUCAAAAAGCUAAUGACUUGAAGUUGUCUGUAAAAUUGUUUUUAUAUUUAAACAUAUAAUCUUUUCUAACUAAUCUUAUAUUGCUCAAAACUAUAUUCUUUUUAGCCAUUUUAAGGUUGGCUUUGUUUCUUCUAAAAAGAUUUUUGAAUACACAUUACAGUAUGUUGCUAUGCCAAACUUUAAUAAUGUGUGUGACCUAAUGACUACCUUUGUACCAGUAUGUCAUAAUAAUCUUCUAUAAAUGAUAAGUACUGUACUAGCCCACAAUUGUAUGAGAUAAUAUCUCGCUAUAUUAAAAGAAGAUAGUUAUUGGUAUAAAAUUAAACCAAUAAAAAUUUUCUAAUGUACAUUGUAAACUGUGUAAUGUUAAUAAUUUCUUUUUGUCUGUAGAUCAUCUCAAUUUUGUAUCAAUUUCUCCUUAUAAAUCAAAUUUGUAUAACACUAAUAUUACUUCUAUUAAUAUGAAGCUCCCAUAACUCCUAACAGUAAUUUUUUUUUUCAUUUAUGGGCAAAGUUUGAACCAAAGACUCAUAUAUACUACAUCUAGACUGGACAUGGAGAUUUUUUAACACUACUAAAAAUGUCGUGAAAAUUUUUUUAAAAGUUGAAACAAGGCGUUGUUUUGUAAAGUAGUAAUAAGAAGUAAAGUUGUUUUUUUUUUUUUCAACCCUAACCCAUGUAACAUAAAAUUUAAUUUUUAGAUCUAGAUCUAAAAAUUGAACAUCAAAAAUAAGAGUACUCUUGUCUCAUAAUUAUUAUUUUGCAAUUCUUAGAUACAUAAUCUAGAAAGAUCUAGGAAAUCAAUCUAUUUAAAUGUACAUAAGAUGAUUAAAAUCAACAGACAUGAAUUAUUUCGAUCUAGGAUUUUUAAAACAUUAUCUCAUUGGAAACUAACAAGAAAUAGCUUUGUUUCAUAUAUUGGCGUGAAUAUAUAAUUAUGUGAUUAAUAGCCUAUUCUAAAGAAAAUCUGAGAAAUGAUUUUGCAUUUUUUCUAAACUUUGAAAACUAAAGAUCUAAGACAGAAAAGAUUGAUUGGGGCGACUUCCAUUAGAGCUUGAAAAAGAGUUAUGUACAUAAAAAUCUAUAUAUAUAGGUCUCCGAAUCGAUCAAUCACGGAUAAGAAUCAGUUUCCGGUUUCUAGUCUAGAUAUAAUAUAUUUGUCUAUGGUUUGAAUCAUGAAAACCUUAAAAUAAAAAUGUUAGAAACAGAAUUUCCUCUUUUUUGUUCACUUGUGACUUAAUUUUGUAUUUUUUUUAAAUCUUUAUAUUCUAUUCUAUGGGGAAAAGAUAAUUAAAAUUGGGUUUAAACAUUUCCUUCUUUAAGAUAUUUUCCAAAAGCUAACUUUUGUGUUUUUAUGGUUUCUGUGCAGUUCCCCAACAUAUAAAUCAAUAGAAGUGUGUUUUAUUUUACGUGCUUUAAUACAGUUUGUGUUAAUGAUUAAUACUGUCAUUGUGAUGUACUUUGAGAAGGAUUCAGAAUCAAUUUUUGUGCUCCACUUCCUUUCUAAAUGAUUCAGACUUUUUUCACAAAACUUCAAGGGCCUAUUCUAGUGAUUUCCUUGACUGCAACCAGCUUUUGACAAAAGUGAUUUAGUCUUCUUUAGCAAUUAUGACACUGUUCAAACUGUAAGAGCUACAUAAAUAGCCUUUGUAAAUAAGUUCCUUUUUACAUUUUUAAAAAUGUAUUGAUUUAAAAAAAAAAAAAUAUGUGUCUCUGAAGCAAUGGGUGAUAAAAUAUUGACUAUUCUUAUGAACUUUUUCUCUACUAAUUGACUAUACCAGCGUUGAUUUGACACCAUAAAAUUAAAUUAAUUUUUGGUUUUAUAAACUUUAAUUGUGUAAAAAGAGCAUGCAAUCCUAUUUAAUUCUAAAAUAAAUAUAACAUUUUCUAAUAACAACCAAAAAAGUUAUUAAAGUUAAAUCAUAACAAGAUAGUGAAAUACAAAUUAGCAAAAUGAAUAAUUUCAUUGAAACGUGAAAAAUAAUUGUGGAGAGAAAGUGUUAAUGGCUGUCAAUACUGCCUGACAUUUUUUUAGUCAAAAUUUGUGUUUGUAUAACUGAAAGCUUAUAUAUAUGGCACCUUCUGUCUCUGUAAACAAUGGAUGCGCUCAGAUGAGUCACUGGUUUAGGUUUUGUCUUCAGAUGGGGCAAAAUCUGAUGUGACUUUUUUCCGAUCUUAGGCUAUUCCCUCCCACAUACUUUCAUUGAUGCCUGUGGUUCUCACUUGAGACAUUUCUAUUGGUUAGUCUUGGUUAUGCGAAGUUAAUCGAUUAGCAAAUGAAUGUAAAUUCAAUGAUGAGACAUUCUACAGUUCUGAUAAAAGACUGUUUUUUUUAACUAGGUAAUAACUUUUGUAAGUUUAGGGGAUGGUUAACAGACAAUUAUAUAAUGUAAAAUUGUGCAAUAUCUCAAAAAGUGCAUUUCCUUAAAAAUUAUUUUGAAUGUUUUUAUUUUUUUUGUGUUUGAAACUGUGAGGCUAAAUGGUAGGCACUUUGCUUCUGAACUUAAUUCUUCUAGUUUCAUUCCUGGUGAAGACAAGAUUUUAAAAGUGCUCACAGCUUUAUUGGGAAAGUAAUAUAAGUUGUCAUGAAAAGCCUAAAUCUGUAAAUCUGCAAAUUACACCAAUUAAAUUUAGCAUUCUAAUGCCAGUACUCUUAAAAAGUAAAAAGAUUAUCUGAAAUGAAUUGGCCUUAUUUUUGUGUUGUGAAGUGCUUUUUUUUGGUUUAGAUAGUUUAUAGGUGAAGGUAUGUUCAUAAGUAGAAAUAUAUUUGUGUAAUUGUAAUGCUCUAAAUAUUCUUUCAAACCUUCUCCUUACCAAUAAAACUUACCCACUCUUUGUUACUAUAUAUAUUGUGGAUUGUGUGGUUAUAUAUGUAUAUAUAAACACAUAUUUUUCAAAAAUUCUUUUCUUGCCAUUGUUUAUAUUGGUGUUUAAUUGAUUGUUGUGGGUAACUCCACUUGAAGUGCCCAGCAGAUAUACUUUUUGAAAACUUGUUAAACUUUUGCCUUCCUAUCUAAUGUCUAAUAAAAAAAAAUUCAGAUAAUCCAA